AUGACCGACUACGCGUUGGUGCGCUCUCGUAGCGCCAUGGUUCGUGCUCGCUCGGUUGAACCAACUUCUCGUCUCUACGUCACCCGCACUUCGUCGGUUCCAGACUUGACUGCCCACUUCCGUCAUUCGGACAAGUACCGUCCACAAUGGCACACCGUCUGGCAAUCGACUCCAUACCGCUGGCGUCGUGAUUGGGACUUGUACGACGACUACUGGUACGACAAGUACUACUACUUCUCUCCACUCUACCGUAGUACCUACACUCCAAGCAGAAGAUACUACUACAGCGACUACCUUCCAAACCCAUACUACUGGAACAACUAUGGAUCUUACUGGACUCGCUACAAGGGAUACUGGUAUGACUACGACUACCCAUCCUACUACCGUCGUUAUACCAGCCCAGCAUUCAAUCGCUAUUUGAACUAUACCUAUUCUCCGUACAGAUCCUACUUGAUGGACUCGUUGAGCACUUCUCUCUCCCGCGGUCUCUCAAUGUACAAGGCAGGUCUAAUCAACCACACUACUCUUGAUGCUUACUGGCUAACUCCAAAGUACUGGGAUCGUCGUUUCAAAGAUUGGCGAGAGCUUUAUUGCUCUACCAAAGACUGUUAUCUUCCAACUACGUACGAUCGAAAGACCCGUCAGUACUUUGCACAGUGGGCUUGA